AUGGAGGUGGUCGGGAAAGGAUUGCGAUGGGCGGUCACGCGCGUAGCGCCCAUAGCGGAGAGAGUGACGAGCUCGAGCAUGGUCAAGCAGACCUCUCUGAUCGUCUCCUCUCUCCUCUUCUACCUGUCCAAGAUCCCCUUCCUUCUCCGAUGUAUCCUGGCGCAAAGACAUGACAGGGUCUUGAAGGACGUGCGAUACGGGGACAAGGAACGAAGAGUCCUUGACGUCUACCUCCCUCACAAUCGCACUGGCCUCGGGGAUUCUGUGGUUCUGUAUGUUCAUGGAGGAGCAUGGUACUCGGGCAAGAAACUCUACUUCGCGCAACAGCCCUCAAGAUCGUUGAAACACAGCACAGUAAUAGUCAUCAACUACACGUUACAUCCUGAAGGAAACUGCUCGGAGAUGGUGGACGAUGUUUGUAGAGCGAUAGCCUGGACCAAAACGUUCAUUAUGCAGAGGUCGAAGGAGCAAACUCCUCUCAUCCUCAUGGGUCACUCAGCAGGAGCUCAUUUGUGCGCCAUGGCGGUGGUGAGGCGAGCACUGAGCGAGGCGGGGCUGAGGGCUGAGGAAGGAAGCUUCCUCGGGUGGUCCUGCUCGGACUUGUCUGCUCUCGUCGGAUUGAGUGGAGUCUACCAUAUCUCGGAUCAUUUCGAGCACGAAGCGACGAGGGGAGUUUCGGAAGUGAGUCCGAUGUGCGGAAGGAAGAAGAAUCUCUUCACUACCGCAGGGUUGGCGGAUCCGGUCAUGGGAGCAGAUCGAUCGUUAUGGGACAACAACUCUCCAUCGAAGCUGGUGGAGGGUGACAAUCUUUUUAUCUCUCAGGAUCUCCGAGGAGAGGAAGGGUUGAGACUUUCCCGUUGCCUCCCUCCCGUCCUCCUCCUCCACGGCACCGACGAUGUUCCUGUCUCCUCCUCUUUCCGAUUCUUCUCAGCUCUCAAGCGCAUCCAGCACUCAUCGUGCAAGUUGAGGUACCUGGCAGGCUGCGAUCACGGGCUGGGGAUCUACGAGGAUACAGGUGGGGCCUCAAAGUUCUGGGCAGAAGUGAUCGCACAGGAUGUAUUGAUGGCGUCGAAGAGAUGA